AUGAUCUAAAAAACUGAAUACUUUGUCAAUGAAGAUUAAGAAAGAGAAUAUAGAAUUCAAAGUAAGAAUAGUAUACAUUAAUUAAAGGGAUGGAAAAAUAAUUAAUUGAAAAUUAGUUUACUAAAUAAACAUAUCCCAAAAAAUAUGAUUAUACACUAUAAAAAAGUGAUUAUUCUGUUCCAAUUAAUUAAUUGGAUUAUAAAUCAUUAUAUCAAUCAUAUAUGCCUUAAGAUUAGAAAUAGAUAAGUCUUUAAAAUAUAUAAGUUGUUAAAAAUAAAGCUUCAUCAUUUAUAUUUAGCCAUGAUAAUAAUAAAAAAGAAUUAACUCCUAAUAAAAAACAAUAAUAAUUAUUAUAUAGAGAUAUUUUAUAAAAAUAAGUUGAAGAGAAAUAAAUAUAAUUAAAAUAGUAAAAAGUGAAACACGAAUGUACUGAUCUCUUUACAAAUAAUUUGUAAAACAUAACAAAUAAUAAGAUUAAUAAUUUAAGUAAGUCAGAAUAUUAGAAUUAUUUAUAAUUAUAAAUAUAAGAAAAAUAAGGCAAUAAUAAAAUAUUUGAUUCUCCUAAUAAAAAUUAAUAAUAAGUUGAGGAAUAGAAUUAAGAUAAAAAUUCUAAAGGAUCAAAAGAAUUUUAAAUAAUUUAGAAGUAAUUAAAAUAAUAUUAGGAAGAAAAAAAAUAAAAGGAUCGAAAACUUUUACUGCAGUAGAAAUUUGAGUAGUCAACGUCAAUUCAUGAAAAAACAAAGGAAAAGACUUAUUCUCCUGAGUUUCAUAAUAGAAAGAGAAAUUUUAUCUAAGAAGAUGAAGAAGAAAAAGCAAGAACUCAGCAAUAAAAAAGUGUUGUAUCCAAAAUAUUGACUGAAUAAAUAUAAGAAAAAUAAAAAAAAAGGAAUGAGGAGAAAAAAUAAUAGGAGACAGAAGAUAAAUUGGCCGAAGAGAGAUGGAAAAAUGAGGUUUAAAUGAUGAAAGAGGAGAAAAAAAAAGAAGAAGAACUUAAAAAGGAAUAAUAAGGAAGUAAUUGAAUUAU